AUGCAGUCUACUAUGGGAGUUCAGUCAAGACCAGAUGCGUCCAAUCGCAUGACGAAACACAAUGGCCCGCCCAGUCAUCUUUUGUCUACUUUCAGGAAACAAAACGAAGUCAAGGUUGAGCCCGCACCGGACGUCGCGCAGCCCAGUAUUGAAGUUGGCGCACAGCAAGAUAUCGAUAUCGAUGCUGAUAUGGUGAGCUCGUCGCCGCUCACUGACGUUCCUAGUGAUGUCGAAGAUCCAGACUUGGAGCCGGAGAUUGUUCACACUGCUCAGGUCGCGUCGAGGCUAGAACCCGCUACCGAGGAUGAGCCUAUGAGUACCGAAGACGAAGAAGAGUGCAGCGAUAUUGAUUCGUCGCCACCGCGCAAGGACACAAACUAUACGACCAUGGAACAGAGGUUCGCGGAAAACAAGAGUUCUUGGGGUAAUUCGAGUCCAAGCAAGAGUGGUUCGCGUCCGAGGAGCACUUUGGUAGAUAGUGAUGAUGAAAACAUGGCCUUUUGGAGCUCUCAGCAGAGCAAACGGUCUAAACCAAACACGUACCAGACUGCCCAGAAGUCGUAUUUUAACAAGAAGACCUUUGGCAAACCCACGCCGAAACCCAGCCCCAGGGCUAGGGCUAAGAAAAUACCCCGGUCUGAAAAGAAGGCUGAUGAACCUUCCCAAGAACCGGAAAGUUCAUUCAAAGUCCCAAAAGACAUCGACAAUCCAACAUUCAAGCCCAAAACGAAGAAUGGGGAUUCCUUUUCCUUCGGCACGUUCUCCUCUAAAGAAAACGACGCAAUGCAAUACAGCAGCGACGCUGACUCCCCACUCUCAUCGGCGUCAUCAACGAUGCUCAAAGGAAUGGAAGAGGCUCUCGAAGGCCGAGAACCAUCCCCACCGCGCAAAGCCGUAUGUCCAAUGUGCCAAACAGAGGUCGAGCCCGAGAUCCUGGCUCUCUUCCACUCACAGCCGAAGCAGCGAAUCCGCGAACAGCAGCAGUUCUGCGAAUCGCAUAAAUUGCGCAGCGCGGCAAAGGAGUGGGAAGAGGCUGGGUACCCGGUCAUUUUGUGGGAGAACUUCGAAGCUCGGGUUCAGGGUCUGUUCCCUGAUAUUGAGAAAUUGCUGAACCCCGAUGCUUCAUCUUAUUAUCGCAAUAUCCUCGAUACUGCGCUGAAAUCUGGACGCGCUUUUAAUUCUAAAUCGAUCCUUGAGGGCGAUGGUCUGGAGAAGAUUACUUGUGGUUAUUAUGGUUCCAAGGGUGCAAGCAAGAUGCUGCAUGCUGUUAUUGAUCGUUUCUCGGUGCGGCUGCGUCGUCUGGCGACGACGGAUCGUAUCGUUAAGACUGCUGGCGUGGCAGGCUACGCGCAGUCUGUGAUCGUGCCUGAACUGGCUAUGCGGUUGGUUGCGCAGGACAUGAAUGUUGACGAUGAGAAUGCUCGUCAGAUAAUGAGAGAUAGUAUGGAAAUCGGCGAGAGGCUGAAUCCCGAACUCAAUGAUGUUGUACCCGUCCCGGCUGGAGAGGACGUUUCCGAGGACGAUGUGGAGAGUCAAGAUAGCGAGGGUAGCGAGGACCUCACGGAACCUGAGGAUUUCGAGGAAGUCGAGGAUCUUGAGUCAUAA